AUAAUAUGUGAACAAUCACCAAGAGCUCUACAUUUUUUUUUCCUACCAAAUUUUAUCCAAUCAUAAAAAAAAAAAAAAAAACAUUAAAAAAGAAAAAUCUUAACAAGUUUGUUAUAUUGAGUUCUUGAAAUAUCAGCUGUUUUAUGUUUCCUUUCCGACCUUUUACCUAACUUUACUGGUUGUUUGUUCAUUAUUUUUUUACUGUUGUGUUGUAUCAUAUUGUCUUGAAGAAGAUUAUUGAGGUUGUAAAAAGAGAAAAAAAAUGGGGAGAUUUGCAAUAGUACCCUUUAUGGGAUUUGUGCUAUUUUGUCUCUUGGCUGUGGUUACAGAGGCAGAGUACAUGAAAUAUAAGGAUCCAAAACAAAAAUUGGGUGUUAGAAUUAAAGAUUUGAUGAAAAGAAUGACUCUUGAAGAGAAGAUUGGUCAAAUGACACAAAUUGAGAGGAAAGUUGCCUCUGCUGAUGUUAUGAAGAAGUACUUCAUUGGGAGUUUAUUGAGCGGUGGAGGGAGUGUACCACGACAGAAUGCCACAGCUGAGGAUUGGGUGAAUAUGGUAAACGAGUUUCAAAAGGGUGCUCUUGCGACUCGCCUUGGUAUUCCCAUGAUUUACGGAAUUGAUGCAGUUCAUGGCCACAAUAAUGUCUACAAAGCUACCAUAUUUCCUCACAAUGUGGGGCUUGGUGUCACCAGGGAUCCUGAUCUUGUAAAGCGGAUCGGGGCUGCAACUGCACUUGAAGUCAGAGCCACCGGAAUACAAUAUGCUUUUUCUCCAUGCAUUGCAGUAUGUAGAAACCCAAGGUGGGGUCGUUGUUAUGAAAGCUACAGCGAAGAUCUUAAUAUUGUGCGCAGCAUGACAGAGAUCAUUCCUGGUUUACAAGGCGAUGUACCGGCUAACAUGAGCAAGGGUGUUCCCUAUGUUGGUGGAAAGACAAAGGUUGCAGGUUGUGCUAAGCACUUUGUGGCAGAUGGUGGCACAGUGAACGGAAUCGAUGAAAAUAACACAGUAGUCGAUUCAAAAGGAUUAUUUAGCAUCCACAUGCCUGCAUAUUACGAUUCAGUCAUAAAGGGAGUCGCAACAGUGAUGGCAUCUUACUCAAGCUUGAAUGGUGAAAGGAUGCAUGCCAACACACAUCUACUCACUGGUUUCCUCAAGAAGAGGCUGAACUUCAGGGGCUUUGUCAUUUCAGAUUGGGAAGGUAUUAACCGGAUUACUAACCCCCCUAACGCUAAUUACACGUAUUCAGUUGAAGCAAGUGUUAUGGCAGGAGUUGACAUGAUUAUGGUACCGGAGAAUUAUACCGAUUUUAUUGGCAAUCUUACUUACCUAGUGGAAAAAAACGCCGUUCCCAUGAGCAGAAUUGAUGAUGCCGUGAAGAGGAUAUUAAGGGUUAAGUUUGUCAUGGGACUCUUUGAGGACCCAAUGGCUGAUCUUAGCUUGGCCAAACAUUUGGGUAGCCAGGAACAUAGAGAAUUGGCAAGGGAAGCAGUAAGGAAAUCACUAGUUCUUUUGAAGAAUGGCAAGAAACCUGAUCAACCGUUACUGCCCCUUCCAAAGAAAGCACCAAAGAUACUUGUUGCUGGAAAGCAUGCAGACAACUUGGGUUACCAGUGCGGAGGCUGGACGAUUGAAUGGCAGGGUGUUCCUCACAAUAAUCUUACAAUUGGAACUACCAUUUUAACUGCAAUCAAGAAUACUGUUGAUCCUUCAACAAAAGUAGUAUACAACGAAAAUCCCGACACAUCCUUUGUGGAGUCGAACAAAUUCGACUAUGCUAUUGUCGUUGUCGGUGAACCAACAUACGCUGAGAUGUUCGGUGACAGCUCAAAUCUCACAAUUCUUGAUCCUGGUCCUAGCAUCAUUCAAGACGUCUGCGGGGCAGUAAAGUGUGUCGUAGUCGUCAUAUCUGGCCGCCCAGUUGUCAUGGAGCCAUACGUUGAGAAAAUGGAUGCACUUGUGGCUGCUUGGCUUCCAGGUACUGAAGGACAAGGUGUUGCUGAUGCUCUGUUUGGUGACUAUGGAUUCACUGGAAAACUCGCGCGCACUUGGUUCAAGAGAGUCGAUCAGCUCCCAAUGAACGUUGGCGAUCCACAUUAUGAUCCUUUGUUCCCCUUCGGAUUCGGACUCACAACUCAGCCAGCAGUGAAAGCAAACUAGAAAAAAAAAAACAUGAUUAGUGAAGUCAUUUUUCAAGAAAAAUAUCAUAAUAUGGUUAAGAGCUCUUGGUAGGUUAGCAAGCAAAAGAAAAAAAAACUGAGUAAAAUUAUCAUCAAUGCCAGUAUCUUGUUAUUUUCUUAUCCAGUGUUGUAAAUAAGCACUAGGCAUAUAAUUGUACUGAGCUUGCUUGAGGUUCAUAUAAAUAAUAUGCUAUCCAAUAUGUUUCUUUAAA